AUGGGCUGCAAUAUUUCUAACAAGGUUGCUGUCGCACAGCUGUCUUCUGAGGAGCUACAGAACAACCAGGAAGCCAAAAGCCAGACUAAAAAUGACAGCAUUGCUGGAACAGAGGCUUUCCCCUCACAGGAUGGGGCAGCUUGGCCAACAGGCACUUCAAAAGAUGGAGCCAAACUUGAAGAUGACACCAGUGAGGGAGACUCCCCUGAAGAACUACUGCAAAAAUUCACAUCUUCUCAGAAAAGCAGCAAUGCACAAAGCACAGACGCACUGCUCACCAGUGAGGAAACAGAGAGGCAAAAAUUAUCAGAUAUUCUUGAGGAACGGAGGAUGCAGGGAAUAAUCAAAAGCUGAAGUACCACUGCCAGGACUGAGGAAGCAUAUGAAAACAAGGGACAUGCCCUGGAAAAGACACUGAAGAAACCACCAGCUAGGCUGGAAAAAAUUCAGUUUGGAAACAAGGAAGUGGGUGAUUUUACAGUGAAGGACACAAAGACUUCUGCUGAAGCGGAAAAAGAGGUUAGGGAAGAGGAACUUAAUAAAAUACCACAACACUUCACAUUUUUUCCAGCAACUACCCACCAAACUGCAGCGGAACAGACUGAAAAAAAUGACUGCCCAAGUUUCAAAAGUCAAGGAGCUGCAGUAGAAGCCACAAACAAUUAUGCCAAGGACUCGGUCAUCGAGUCUGAUAACUUAAACUGCAUCAAUGAAACAAUCUGGAUCUAA